CGUAACUUCUAAAUUUCACAAUUCAAAAACUCGAGACCUCAACAACCACUCUUGAAAGCCUCUCCUCCCCACCACCACCACGACCAAGCAAUGUCCGCCCUAAUCCGCCGGUAUGCGGCGGUGCUCUGUCACAAACGCAUGCUCAAACCAAACUAUCCGACUCUUGUCUUGACCUGCCACGUCAGCACCCGGGUCGCCCCUCAACUAAACGGAGCUGCCGCCACCACGGGACUCUACGGUUUUGAUCACUUAAAAACCCCUAAAGGGUUUCAACGUUUUGUUGAUGAUGCCAUUGAAAGGUCAGGGGAGCUGGUUAAUUAUAUUUCCAGUAUGCCUUCCUCGGCUGAAGUUUUACGAGCUAUGGAUGAGAUUUCUAACACGGUAUGUUGUGUUGUGGAUUCUGCGGAACUUUGUAGAAAUACUCAUCCAGACAGGGAAUUUGUUGAGGCAGCUGGUAAGGCAUCGAUGAGGAUUAAUGAAUAUCUACAUUACCUCAAUACGAAUCAUACGUUAUAUGCUGCGGUGAAAAGAGCAGAGAAAGAUGGACAUUUGCUCACAAAAGAGGCUCAUAGGGCUGCCAAUCAAUUACGUAUUGAUUUUGAAAAGGGCGGGAUUCAUCUCCCUCCUGAGAAGUUAGCUAGAGUGAAUCAGCUCCAUUUAAGCAUCCUUCAGCUAAGUAGAGAGUUUGGUGAAAAUAUUACUAUUGAUCCAGGUUAUGUGGAUAUAUUUCCAGCAUCUCGCAUCCCAAAACACAUACACCAUCUCCUAAAACCCGUUCACCGUUUUACUUCUGGAAGUUCCUCGGGAUCAUUAGGGUCAUGGAAUAACAUGAAAGAAAAAGGACUGCGAAUAACAACAGAUCAUCGUACGCUAGUUUCUGUGAUGCAUUGGGUCUCAGAUGAAGAGGUUAGGAAGAUGGCAUAUAUCCAAGGAAACUCUGUACCACAUGCAAACCUUGAAGUACUUGAUAAGCUUGCUGCAGCUCGUCAUGAACUGGCCCAGAUGAUGGGAUACAGAUCUUAUGCUGAAUUUGUUGUGAAACCAAACUUGGCUUCAUCACCUGAGGUUGUGAUUUCAUUUCUGCAUGAAAUGAGCAAGAUGGUUAGGCCAAGGGCUGAUGAGGAGUUUGAGGCAAUUAGGAAUUUUAAGAGAGAGAAAUGUGGUCAAAGAUGUAUUGAUUUGGAGCCCUGGGAUGAGACGUACUAUACAGCAAUGAUGAAAUCCUCUGCUCAUAAUUUGGAUUCUUCUAUUGUAGCCUCGUAUUUUCCUCUGCCACAAUGUAUUGAAGGUUUGAAAGUGCUGGUCAACUCAUUAUUUGGUGCAAUGCUUCGCAACGUCCCCAUGGCACCAGGUGAAUCGUGGCACCCUGAUGUGCUUAAAAUGUCUCUUCAUCAUCCUGAAGAGGGUGACUUGGGAUAUCUAUACCUUGAUUUGUACUCCAGGAAAGGAAAAUAUCCAGGUUGUGCUAACUUUGCAGUUAAAGGAGGCUGCCGCAUUUCUGAGACAGAAUACCAACUUCCUGUUGUGGCCCUUCUUUGCAAUUUUUCUGGUUCACCUGGCUCAUCAACCGUGAGACUUAAUCAUGGUGAUGUAGAAACUCUAUUCCAUGAGUUUGGACAUGCUCUCCAUUCAUUGUUCUCGAGAACGGAUUACCAACAUUUCUCAGGCACCAGGGUGGCUCUUGACUUUGCUGAAAUGCCUUCAAACCUCUUUGAGUACUAUGCCUGGGACUACAGAGUAUUAAGGACAUUUGCAAAGCACUACUCAACUGGUGAAAUAAUACCUGAGAAGUUGGUGAAGUCCAUGCAAGGUGCCAGAGAUAUGUUUGCUGCAACUGAACUCCAACGCCAGGUUUUUUACGCAUUGGCUGACCAAACACUUUUUGGAGAACAACCAGCUUCACCCAAUGAUAUGAGCUCUAUUCUUGCUGAAUUCAAAAAGCAGCACACCAGCUGGAAACAUGUGGAGGGUACAAAUUGGCAGAUCAGAUUCAGCCAUCUUGUAAAUUAUGGUGCAGGUUAUUAUAGCUACUUGUAUGCAAAAUGUUUUGCUGCAACCAUAUGGAAAAAGUUAUGCCAAGAGGAUCCACUUUCAUUAACUGCAGGAACUGCUCUUCGAACAAAAGUGUUGCAGCAUGGUGGAUCCAAAGAACCAGCUGAAUUAUUAAACGAUCUGGUAGGGGAAGGGAUUUUAAAGCAUUGUGAUGGAGGGAUCGUUCCUGACAUUACAUGUUUCUUGGAAGAAUCAAGGUUGGUAGUUGGUAGGAGAUGAGUAGGAGCUAUUCUGCUUGUAACCAACCAAAAUAAAUCUCAAGGGAAGCAUGGGAAGAGAAUAGUUGUGUAUGGAAGAACAAGAUGUUAUGUCAUGUGGAAGAUGAUAGAGCCAGGAAUGGCAGGGUAAUUGCGACCAACCAAUCACCAGAAGUUGUCAAGGUAAGCCUGUCCUGGCAGUCCUGUUGAAUUUGAGAAAAAUAGCACAAUCAUUUAAGCACUCACUAAUACCUGGCAUGGACUGAGAUGUGAAUGAGCGCAGCUCUUUUUUAAUCCUUGCUUCGAUCUCAUCUGACAAACAGAUUAGAGUGUUCGUAGAUGUUAGCUAUUUGAUGUAAUUUUUUGUUGUAAUUGCAAACAAAGAGACGGAAUUUCACUGAUUUUUUGAAUAAUAUUAACUAAAAAAAUUCGAGUGGAUUAACUUGA